CCCACAGCUCGCAAAAUGAUGUGGCGUCCGAAGAAGGCAAGAGAGCAGCAGGAGGCGGCAGCAUCCUCUUCUGCUCGGGAAUCAUCAGAUGCACCAGCGGCUGCAGCAGAUGCAGCAGCGGCUGCAGAUGUGGCCUUUGACGCGAGGCAAGACGACCUGGAGGAGGAAAGCGGCAGCGACGGAGAGGAGGAGCAAGGGGAUGAGGAUGAGGAUGAUUUCCCCCCCUGCAUCGUAUGUUUCGAGCCCUUGGUCUUUGCGGCAGUGCCGCCCUGCAACCAGUAAGAGAUAGAGGGAACACAGAGCACAAGACAUACCUGACUUGGUGAUUUCGUGUGUGCGUGUGUGCGUGUGUGUGUGUGUGUGUGUGUGCAGUCGUAUGGUUUGUAGCGUGUGUGCUCUGACUGUCCGUUCGCUGCUGGCCGACAGGCGAUGCUGCUACUGCCAGGCAGGCAGGCAGGCAGGGUUGACUGACCAUUGAUUGCAUUGCUUGCUAGGAAUAUAUCGUCAGUCAGUGUGUCCUGCCUGAGUGUGUGCUGUUUGUCGGUGUGUGUCUGUUCUGUGUGAGGUGUGUGCAGGUGGAGUCAGAGCAUCUGAUCGUCACCAAGACAGACAAGCGAUACCAGGACUGGGGCAUGUACGUAUAUACGUGUGCAGAGCAGAUGAAGGCAUGCAGCACGAAUGAAUGCAUUCAUUGAUUGGUUCAUUCUCCUGUGUGCGCCGUGUACGUGUCAGAUUUGGCACCACAGCCACCAAUGGCUACCUCAAGUGGGACCCUGACACUGGUCGGUCAGUCAAUGAGUCAGCCUGCAGACACAUGCCAUGCCACUCACACGCGCACACCACCCCAUUGAUUGGCCUGGCCACCCAUCCGUCUGGUCUGCCCUCACUCACUCAGAGUGCUUCUACGACGACGUCGAUCACUUGCACUUCCUCAAGGGUCUGUCCAAGAAGCUCUGUCCCAUCUGUCUCGCUGAUCGACGGAGAAGAGCCGGCGAGGGCGGCUCAGGGGGUGAGGCGCGGAAUGACUUCGGCUUGAAGGAGUUCGCUUCCAUCGACGACCUCAAGAAGCACCUCAGACACGCACGUACCGUACGCACGGCUAUAGCCUGCCAUGCACAAGGGCAGCAGUGUGUGAGUGUGUGUGGAUGGCUCCGUGGUCUGUUUGGUUGUGUUGUUUUGUGUUGUGUUGUUUGAUGCAGACGACAGGUACUUGUGCGACAUCUGCCUGGCGCACAGGAAGGUGUUUCUGCAGCAGCAGCAGCUGUUCACCCAGAGCGGCCUCCACAGACACAUCCGAAAGGGCGAUGGCGACUCCUCAUUCAAAGGUCAGACGACAGACACACAGGCAGCCAGGCAGCCAGGCACAUGUGUGGUCGUGUGUCACGUGUCUGUCAUGUGUGCCGUUUGUUUGUGUCAUGUAGGUCACCCCUUCUGUAAGUGGUGCCGAACGAACUUCUACGGCGACGCUGAGCUGUACGGCCAUCUGCAGCAGGAGCACUUCACUUGCCAGAUCUGCAGGCGUGACAAUAACUCACCAUUCAGAUACUCAUUCUUCCGCCAAUACGACGACCUCGAGAGACACUUCAGAAAGGCAUGUGUCCACCUGCAUCAACCAACCGACCAAUGGUGCGGACCGGUUUCUGUGUGUUUGUGCAGGAGCACUACCUGUGUGAGCACCGUGAGUGCCUCGAGGCCAAGUGGGUGGUCUUCGCAUCGCCUGUCGACCUCAAGGCUCACAUGGUCGGUGGUGGGCCACACACAUACAUACCUGCACGCAAGCGUACACAGUCGACACACGUGUGUGUGUGUGUGUGUGGUGGUGGUGCAUCCGUCCGUCAGAUCGAGGUCCACGGCUCCACCGACAGAUACCUCCCCGUCAACUUCACCAUAAGGCGGUCCGACCGAGCCGGCGAGGGCGUCCGCGAUCCAGGUGUGAGAACAGGCGGAGACGCAAUGGAUGGAUGGCAAGUUGGCAUACAUACUGGCAGGCAGCCGCAUGUGGUGGGUCGUGUGUGUGUGUUCAUGUAGAUGAUUCUGGCACUCUGACGAUGGGCCCUGUCGCUCAAAUCAGAGCAUCAGACAGGUACACUUACUCAUCAGACCUCACCCACAGUAUAGACACCAUCCAGUUGAUUAUGCUUGUGUCCUCUUGCUUCAGGCCCUUCAACGCCCCUCUGUCGUCCGGUGCCUUCACAUCAGGCGGCCACGACCAAUCGGCAGCAGCAGCCAAUGCACCACAGGGGGACUUCGACAUGGUACCACACUGACCCUCUCACACACCCAUACCUACACACGAGCAGACACACGCCACACACGUGGUUUGUGUCUUCCUGUCUCAGAGUGGGACAGACUUCCCCUCCCUGCCAGCAGAUCGAGGCGGUCCCAUUGGCUGGCCGCCCUCAUCACGUGCAGGCCGUGGGAAGGCCGCUCCGGCAAGCCGAGGCGGGGCGGACUUCCCAUCACUCGGACGACCCUCGGCUGCAAAGUCGAGUGCACCAAGCGGAAGUUCUGGCAAGUGGGGACGGCCUGGGGCUCGCGCGAGGGGGAACGCGUCGAGUUCGGCCAACGGUUUCCCCGCACUGCCGGUGAGGCCAGCAGCCACCGGCAGACGUCACACAAGAGUCUCAGUGUGUGGGUGUGUGGUGUGUCAGACGCCGGCGUGGGGCGGUGCGGGUGCAUCGUCACCUUCGUCGGCAGCAGUAGCUGGUGCUGCCGGUGGUGGUGGCGGUGGCAAGGGCAAGAAGAACAAAGGGAAGGGCAAGGGAGGGGUGGACAAGGCACUGGCCAAACUGGCGAUUCGACAGGGGUGAGAUGAGAAUGAAAUC